GGAACUAGGAAUUAGGAGGGGGUAGGUGGGAGUGCAACAGGGGUGUACUGCUAUUUAUUAUUAAUAUCAUUUUCAUUUAUAUAAACCUUUAAUUUUAUGCUCGAAAAAAAAGAACUAACAUUAUUUUCCAAAAAUAAAAAAAGAACUAAUAUUGUGAAAGAAAAAAAAUAGUAAAUAUUAAUAAUUUGCAUUCACAUUUGGUUUUGGGUUGGUAGUAGUGUGAAUAAUAUUAAUUAAUAAUAAAACAAAAGCCAAGAAUGGUAGUAAAAUAAAGUAAUAUAAAAAUAAGAAGUAGAAGCGAAGAUGGGGAGGUUCAUCUACCAGUAAUCGAGAGAAAGGUGUAGAUAGUCAGAGUUUGAAGGAGGCGUUUACUUUCUUUCUUCCUUCGUUCGUGAGUGGGUGAUCAUCGGAGGCAAAUUGAGCCAAGAAAAUGGCGUUGCAGAGCAGUUGCAGCAAUCCUAUGAUGCAUAAAUCAGCAUCGCCAGCAUCGGUGUCUUUGUCUUCGUUCAAUUUAAACCAGGGAAGAUCUCUCUUGACCAUUCCUAAUUCUAGUUUUAAUUCUGAGAAGUGGAAGAAAACAGGUCUUGUUUGUGUUCGCGCUUUGAGCCGCAACACCAGCAGCAGCAGCAGCAGCACGGGCGGCGGCGGCGGAGGAAACAGCAGUGGCAGCAGCGAUGCGAAGAAGGGUGGAAGCGGAGUUCCCAAUUCAAAUUACGUGGUUCCACUGGAUAAGUCAUUCUCACCGGCAAAUUCUUCUUGUAUUACGCGUCCUUUGGCUGAGAUCUUGAGGGACCUCAACAAAAGAAUUCCUGAUAACAUCAUCGUCAAAACCCCAUCUACUUCUAAUGUUCCAGCUCUCGCUUCUUCCACCCCCUUUAUCCCCUGGUACCACGCAAACAGGAUGUUGAGCUUCUAUGCUCCUGGUUGGUGUGGAGAAAUACGUGAUGUUAUAUUCUCUGACAACGGCUCUGUCACUGUUGUGUAUCGUCUCACUGUAAGGGGAUCUGACGGAGAGGCAUUCCGGGAGUCAUCUGGUACAAUAUCGUCUAGUGAUAGCCAUAUUGUGGAUCCCGUUGCUGCAGCAGAGGAGAUAGCUUUCUGCAGAGCAUGUGCUCGGUUUGGCCUCGGCCUGUACUUGUAUCAUGAAGAAUAGAUUCUAAUGAUGAGGAACAUGAUGGAACCAGCUGUUGUUUUGGUAUGCCUGUUUGUAGGAGCUCUUUUUGUAAAGUUCACUGUUCUUGAGAACUAGGUAAAUGAACGCUUCGUAAACGGGAGAAGUUUGGUGUGCCCUUUUUCUAAAGAGUUUUUUUCUUUUUCCUCAUUAAAAAAAAGUUUCUUUUGAAUUCUUUCUAUGUAGUCUCCUUUUACAUGUUUCAAGAUAAUCAAGGUAUAUAUACCAGACAGAUAGUCUUAAGUACUGAAAAUAAAAUUUAGCAUAGCAUUCGAUUCUA